UUACCCCCGGCCUCCCCUCCUCGCCCUCUCUGGUCCUCGGUCCGUCCUCCUGCCGCCUCUCCCGGGGUCUCCGGCUCCUCCGCGUCUCCUCCUGUGUCCUUCCUGCUUCCCCUUCCCGAGGCUCACUGCCCUCCUCCGCCCCCGUCCCUGCACCCCGGACACCUCCUUCUCCUCUCUGUGGUCUUCCUGCUUCUCUCUCCUCACCUCCCCUUGUCCUCUCCCCGCUGUCUGCUUCUCCCCGUCUGCAUCUCUCCCCUCCCUCUCUCCCUCCCUCUGGGGUUCUCAUUCUCCCUCUCCCUCUUCCGGGACCCCCUCUCCCCUGUGCCCCCAUGUCCCUGUCUACUCCUCUGCCCUCAUUGCCCCCACCCCGGUUACCCCAGCGACUACCAGGUCUGGCUGGGUCGCCACAGCCUGUUUGAUGAUGAAGACACAGCUCAGCACGUCACCGUCAGCCAGAGCUUCCCUCACCCACUGUUCAACAUGAGCCUCCUGGAGCCGCAUCCCAGCAACCCAGAGGACGACUACAGCCACGACCUGAUGCUGCUCCGCCUGAAGGAGCCCGCGCGGAUCACAGAGAGCGUGCAGGUCCUGGCGCUGCCCUCGGAACAACCCGAAACGGGGAGCACAUGUGGUCUCAAGUGGGGCAGCACAGUACCAGGACCAAAAAAGGGUGUGUCGGGAACAGAUCCUGCAGCCCGGGAGGAUACCCAAGUCUGUGGUAGGAGGAGCCGAGGCCCUGCCUGGUGUGGACACAGCCCUGUCCUCCCUGGCCUGCUCCUGAGUUUCCAGACAGUCUCCUGUGGGGACUUCAAACUCCUGCCUAAGGGUGAAUUGGACAAAGCUUUCAUCAAGAAGGUGACCGAGGGCUGGGGAUUUAGCUCAGUGAUUUCGCCACCUGCUGCGCAAGCUGAAGGACCCGAGUUCGAUCCCCGGUACCAAAAAAAAAAAAAAAAAAAAAAAAGGUGACCGGCACAGAGCUUC